AUGUUGGGAAUUGUUUGGUUUGAUUUGGGUGGUGCUUACUUGGAGGAUUUGCGCAAGACGACGCCGCUUCAUGUAGCGGCGACCCUUUUGGCAUCUCCGACGGGGUUUCUACGGCAAGCAUGUAUUCGGUCACACCCCAACUCAUCACACCCUCUUCAGUGCCGAGCUCUUGAGCUCUGCUUUUCUGUAGCCCUUGAGCGUUUGCCAACGGCCCAAAAUAUCUCUCCGGCAAUGGAACCGCCGGUUUCUAACGCCUUAAUGGCGGCUCUAAAGCGUGCACAAGCUCAUCAACGGCGGGGGUGUCCUGAACAGCAGCAACAGCCUCUUUUAGCUGUGAAGGUGGAGCUUGAGCAGCUGAUUAUUUCAAUUCUCGAUGACCCGAGUGUGAGUAGAGUUAUGAGAGAAGCAAGCUUUUCGAGUCCAGCUGUGAAGGCUAUAAUUGAGCAAUCUUUGAAUUCAAGCCUUGGGAAUGUUAAUCAAGCAACAUUAGGAAUUGGGUUUAGGCCAAAUCCAACUCCAAUGCCUAUCCCCAAUCGGAAUUUGUACUUGAAUCCCCGGUUGCAACAGGCCAAUCCGGCGGGCCAACCAGGGAAUCAAAGGAAUGAGGAAGUGAAGAGGGUAAUUGAUAUUUUGUUGAGAACAAAGAAAAGGAAUCCAGUUUUGGUUGGGGAGGCUGAGCCAGAAGCUGUGGUAAAGGAAUUGUUGAGAAGGGUUGAGAAAGGGGAAUUGAAUGAAGGGCCACUUAAGAAUGCUCGGGUGAUAUCAAUUGAGAAAGAGCUUGUACUGGAUAAAACUCGAAUUCUCUCAAAAAUUAAGGAAUUGGAAGGGCUAAUUGAGACUAAAAUUGGGAAUUCUAACGGUGGUGGCAUUAUUAUUGAUUUGGGUGAUUUGAAAUGGCUUGUUGAGCAGCCUGUGACUUUUGGAGUUCCACCUUCUGGUGGGGUGCAGCAACAGGUGGUUUCUGAGGCAGGUCGGGUGGCUNAUUGA